UAUUGAGAAAAAGCUGAAGAUGUAUGAAGCGGGGAGGGAUGUUGUAUACAGAGGAUCUAACAUAUGGAGGAAGAAUGUAUCCACCUGAGGUGACAGGGAAGUGGGGCCCGUCAGUUGGACAGCCUCCCCGAACAACAGAGGACCGUUUCUGCCGCCCUGGUCGUCGUUGUAUUUCGGGGUUCAAACACCAUGUGUGUGUGACACGGACGUGUUGCUGGUAGUGGGAAACAGACGCCUGCUGAUACCCGCUGUCGUGGUAAUGAUUCAUCCGAUAAAAGGAGACGAAAUGUAACGAGUUUUGGUUUGAAGCAAGAAAACAUCGAGCCUGCCUUCAAUCAUGUAACUUAGUUUAUAAGGCACAACCGAGUGUAGUUGAAGGGGUGAUAUCUUGCAACUAUCCUGCAACAUAAUGUGGAUAUUUAAUAAUGCAAAAAUAGUGUUCCCACUUCAUUGGAGACAGUGGAAGUUAGGAUGGCAAGUAAUGGUUAAAUUGCUUCUAACAAGAUGAUGGCGGCCAUCACGUGAUGAAGAUACAUUUUCAAGAGGAUUGUGUUUAUAACUGCAAGAAAAAGUAAAGUUAUAUUAGAACUGAAUUUGUUCCAAUCCUGAAAUUAGGGAACCCUAGAAAAUUGUCCAAACAAGUGAUUUAUAAACUGGUUCUGAGCUAAAAGUUUUAUUUCCUAACUCAUAUUCGGUGAUUCAACACGCAUCUGGAAAUAUAGUGAAUUAGACAACACCUACCAGGGAACCGUGAAUCGGAAGGUCAUUGCAUCAACUUUGGCGCUAAUUAAUUUAAAUUAUGAAAAGUGUUUUCAUAUUAAAACGAGGAAUUGCCAGCAUUCCUAACAAACCGUGUGAACUUAAUUACUUUAGCAUAACACGUUCACUUCUAACAUGAAAGCGUACGUAAGAUACUGACAUUUAACUACAAUGGGAGGUGUGUAAAGGCAAACAAUUCAAUAAAUAUCCAGUUGUUUUAAGAAUCGAGUUCAAACUGGGUUAUGUGCAAAUGCGUGAAGGACUUUAUUUACUAGACAGUUACUGGGCGAACUUUUAACACGUCAUCUAAACAUCCGCAAAGAAAAUGUUAGUAUGUUAGGAAGCCAAGGUUUAGCUAGUUCACAUGGUAGCUUAGUUAUGAACAAUCUUGCAUAACGGAACAGCCGUUGAUCGGAGAGACGCAGAGGACUGAAAGUCUGUCUUCUUGAACGAGCAGUUAUUAUUUUUUUCUAUAUUACAAAAAAUUAUCAAAUCUUGUAAUUGUUUUCUUCAGUCGUUCAAUUGUUUCAUUAAGAAGACAGAGAGAGGGACAGACGUUACAAAAAGAAAGAGAUGGCUUAUAUAUUUGUAGAUGUUAAAAUAUGUGCCAUCAAACAUCGCAGACCGUCGAGCAGCACUUUUAUCCAUAUUUAUAACAAAGAAGAGAGAACAGUUGCUGACACACAUCGAACCGAUGCAUUGAAGAUUCGAGGCUUUGAAUACAUCGUAUUAAAACUAUAUUAGAUAUGCAUAAUGCCACUGAAGGAAAUUAAUUAUUGUAAUUAAUCAAUGGAACAUUGCUCGAUCUCGUAAGAAAAGAAGUCUUCCUGUGCCUAAAAGAUAUGAAGACAAAAACUACUUGCAUUGUAUUCAGUGUUUAUACAUCAUAUAUAUGUAUGCAGCAGUUAAGUUACCUGAAAGUUCGGUGCCUUUCUGACAUGCGCCAUGUCGUAAUGCAGUAUGCACUUUUGUACAUGAAACUUGUGUAAGCGCCUGACGGAAAAGACGGUUUAUUUGGACAACAACAAUUACAGAACGCUGCUUCAUCGUAACACACAACUUAAUUUUUGUAUUAAGAAACCACUAAAGAACACGUGAAUGUGGUAAUUUUGAAACUACAUGCUUACUCAAUAUCCCUGUUAUUUUUAGGUAAUGAAAUUUCCCAUCACGAAGAGAUAUUACAGGUGUUAGCCUUUGUGUACUAGGUAAUAUUUAGUUCCAAGCGAACAAAUAUUAAACUGUCAAAAUAGGCAUAGAAAUAAAGUUCGAAUUGAAAAUUUAAAACAGUAACGCAUUGACAUUAUUGUAUGUUAUGUCUACAACGGUGAAAACAUACUAACUUACAACUGUGUGUGUAUAUGUUGGGCGAUAUUAAAAGAAACACAGAUAAAGUUCAAUAUAAAACUUAAAGACGUCGUGGAGUUAAUGACGAAAAUAAAAUUACAGUGAAUUUUCAAAAAAAUAAAGAAGAUAAACAGUGAAAUUACUAAGUAAAAUCACAUCAGCGGACACACCAGUUAUUGAAAUCACUUUACGAAAGUGUUAAUUCAAGCAACGUAGUGGCGUGCGCGCAUCGGAUAUAAAUUAAAAUUCUUAAAAAUAAUUAAUAAGACUAAUUAUUAAGCUAAAAUAUGGGUGCCGAAAUAUGACUGACGUGUGGAUGGAUUAGAUAACUGACUGCUACAACAUGCUGGACAUUUUCCGGGGUCUAAAGAACCUCAUCAAAGUCAGCCAUAUUCAUAUCGACUCACCAGUGUUCAGACUACAUUACAGUAUCACCGUGAUGAUGCUAAUUGCAUUCAGCCUCAUUGUGACGACAAGACAAUACGUGGGGAAUCCCAUAGACUGUGUCCAUACCAAAGAUAUACCUGAGGAUGUCCUAAACACGUUCUGCUGGAUCCAUUCCACCUACACUCUCAAGUCAGCGUUUAACAAAACCGUGGGAAAAGAUGUCCCAUUCAAAGGAGUUGAUAAUUCCCGUGGUAGAACAGACGACCAGAAAUAUUACAGAUAUUACCAGUGGGUGUGUUUCUGUCUGUUCUUUCAGGCUAUCCUGUUUUACGCGCCGCGGUGGCUGUGGAAGAACUGGGAAGGUGGGAAGCUGCACGCUCUCAUGAUGGACCUGGACAUUGGGAUCAUCUCUGAGGUGGAGAAGAAGCAGAAGAAGAAACUUCUGCUGGAGUAUCUGUGUGACAAUCUGACCUACCACAACUGGUGGGCCUAUCGCUACUACCUGUGUGAGCUGUUAUCCCUCCUGAAUGUAAUAGGUCAGAUGUUUCUGAUGAACCGUUUCUUCGACGGAGAAUUCCUUACGUUUGGCAUCGACGUCCUCAAAUUUAUGGAGAGCGACCAGGAAGACCGUGUAGACCCAAUGAUAUAUAUCUUCCCCAGGAUGACGAAGUGUACUUUUUACAAAUACGGCGUCUCAGGCGAGGUGGAGCGUCAUGACGCCGUGUGCAUCCUUCCGUUGAAUGUCGUCAACGAAAAGAUUUACAUUUUUCUCUGGUUCUGGUUCCUAAUCCUGGGGGUUCUAACCCUCGGGUGUGUUUUAUACAGAGUCAUCAUCAUCAUGAGUCCCAGGAUGAGGGUUUACCUCCUUCGGAUACGUUUCAGACUUAUUCGUUCUGACGAUAUCCGGACAAUUGUUAGAUACUCCAAAAUGGGUGACUGGUUCCUUUUUUACAUGCUUGGGGAAAAUGUUGACUCAAUGAUAUUCCGUGACGUCAUGCAUGAACUGGCCCAUAGAGUUGGACAAUACAGAGGCGCCAGAGGAGAGCUUACAGAAGCGUAAUGAUUGUUCAGUGCAUAACACUCCAAGCAACUUUGUCGAAACAAAAGUCAGAAACUCAUAUUUAGAAGUAACUCCAUCACUUCAGUUCCUCUUUGUGAGAUAAAUGGUGAAAAUCCCAGAAGCUGGCACGAAGGCAACGUUUAAUUAUGACAAAGAAAAUAGUAAUUACUAUGUAGGACGCCAUCCCAGAAUCAAACGACUAGAGCGUGAAGCUAGCCAUUUGUUGACAAAGAUAAGAAUCCAUGGUAAUUAACGUCUAUGCUCUCUAUAUGAUUUAAAAGCAUGGGCAUGGACACUGGGAAAACCUUAACAUUUUUAAACACGGAAUUGUAUGUAUAGAAGAAGUAGCUGGGGCAUUUUUGGAAUAAUCUUAAAGUAAUCCAAGUUAGUAACUACUUGAGUAAAAAGAUGAAAUCUCGUAAAUGAGGAACUAAAUCACCCAGGUCAUUCUGAAGUCCAUACUUCACGUGUUUAUAACGCACAGAAAUCAGAGUAAAGAUUUUAUUGUUGUAGGACGGAUGUGGAUUAAAUUUAAAUAAUCCUGAGUAAAUAGAGGCUGGUUGAAAAACAUAUUAACUGCUGUAAAGGUGGCUUGACGUCUUGUAACGUCAAGUGUUUAUAGUAGGAGUCAAGAGCUGAGAAUAACAAGUAACAGACUUUAAUAUAUAAUUUAUUCUGAAGGAAAUAUGACAUUUACAACUGAAUGUUUUAUUAUUUGUGUUGUUUUAAACAUGUAAAAGAUGUUUGGUCAAAUGGAAGUGAAUUAAGUCAAGUCUGUACUAUGAAAAACUGUAAAGCUUCUUUACAGACAUUUUUAAAAAUUUUUAUUACGUCUUCAGCCUGUUGAUUCAAUACAUUUGUGUCCUCUGGCAAAUUUCCGUAAUUGCAUAGCUGAUCUCAGAAUGUAAAGUACUUGCAGGCUCAGUUUGAAGUUCGUAUACCUUUAGAAAUUGAUAUUCUGGAUUGCUGUGACGUUUAGUAUUUUGCUUGAAAACUAACUAUUCAUAUUCAGGGUGUUACUGAUAUGGCGUAACAACUAAAAAGGUCACUAUUUAAACUUACAUAAUUGUGAAAAUAUUAAAUGCUGCACAGACCCUAUAAUUUUAGAUCAUUUUAAGUAGGAAAAUAAUAAAGAGGGAAGUUUGGUUGCUUUGAAUUUGUAUGACCACUGCUGGACUAACUGCCAUUUCAUUAUUUUGUGGGGCGCGGCUACUGCCUGUGAGCCAGGACGGCGCCAUCAUACCCAGAUCGGGUCUAGUGUCCACCGAAGCUAAGUCAGAGGACUGUAAUUAAUGAAAGACAAUAAAUGCCCCACUAAUUUGAUAGGACUAUGUUCAUAAUGCAAACAGCGGGACAGAAAACGCUUUAUGAUUCAGUUCAUCGCUGAUUUCUGUUAAUUGAAUCAACGUAUCAACAGUUGUUUUAACAUUUAAUAAAUUGAAACACUUAUUA